AUGUGCCUGCAGCCGGUGGGCGGCGCCUCCCACGUGGGCUCCGAGGACUGCCUCUAUCUGAACGUGCACGUGCCGAUGAACGCGUCGGCGCCGCUGCCCGUCCUAGCCUGGAUCCCAGGCGGCGGCUUCACCAACGGAGCGUCGUCCUUCAACGGCCCGGACUUCUUCGUCGAGGAGGGCGUCGUCGUGGUGUCUCUGCAGCAGCGGGUCGGCGCCUUGGGCCUGUUGAGCACCGGCGACGAUGUGGUCCCGGGGAACGCAGGCAUGAAGGACAUCGUGAUGGCGCUGCGGUGGGUGCAGCAGAACAUCGCCGCCUUUGGUGGAGAUCCCGACCAGGUGACCGUCGGCGGUGAGAGCGCGGGAGCCUGCUCCACGUCCCACCUGCUCAUAUCCCCGCUCGCCCAAGGCCUGUUGCGGGGCGCAAUACUGCACAGCGGGGAGGCGGUCAGCUCUUGGGGCGUCGGCGCCGACCCCGCGGUCAGGGCCUUCCGCCUGGGAGAGGCCCUCGGCUUCUCCACCAAUGACUCGCGGGAGCUGCUGGAGUUCCUCCUGGCGCAGGACGCUGCUGACCUCGUCACACACGACGACGAGCUGUUGUCUCCGGAGGAGGAGGCGCAGCUGCCGCUGUUGGUGUGGAUGCCCGUGUUAGAGCCGGACGUGGAGGGCGCCUUCAUCACGGAGUGGCCCGCCACCGCCCUCAAGGACGGCCGCUUCCGCAGGGUGCCCGUCAUCACCGGCUUCACGUCUGGCGACGGGAUGGAGGCAGUCAGUCGCAAGCGGUACCUGGAGGACGCGGCGGCGCUGCAGCAGCUGAGCGACAGCUUCGUGGCGGCGGUGUCCCCGCAGCUGCACCUGCCGACGCCGCAGCAGCGCGAGGAUGCCGCCGUGCAGCUGCGCCACUUCUACUUCGGGCACCAGAACAUCACCGCCAGCGACGCGCAGGCCCUCGUCGACGAACACCUCACGCGACCCAGAGCAGUGUCGUCUUCUACCUUCAAUAUCUUCCCAUUCUAGCAGAUCCUGAAUCGACCUUCGGACGCUUAAGAUCGACUAUGACGAGACUUUGGACAAACUUCAUCAAGUAUGAGACUCCGUCUCCAGAAGGCGAGGAGAUAGUCUGGGAACCUUUCGACAACAGCAACCUUUACUACUUGCACAUUACCGAUACGUUUGAACUUAAACAAGAUGUUUACAAGGAACGUAUGGACUUCUGGCACCAGAACAUUCCACUGUAAAUGAAUGUGGACGUCUGCAUCAGUUAUCAGAAAAGCUGCUAAUUACAUUGUUGCUCACCCGUAUGAAUUUGUUAUUUUGUAUAUUGUAGUAAUAUGAAUUAUUCAUUGAAAUACAGGGUGUUUAUAAAGUCACUUACCAUUUUCCACUUGAACACUGUAUUGAAGGCUCUUAACAACGUGAACAUGAUUGAGAUA